UCAGGACUUUGUCAUGUAAUGUCUUUUCAGGUCUGGAAAGAGAAAUGGCUAAAAGAGUCCUCAAACUCGGGUUUGAACCACAACAGGCUACCAAAAAUUGCAUCUGCUUGUGCACACGAAUUCAUUAGCCACAUCGAGCCGCAGGCCACUGUGUGGAAAUGCUGAAAAGCUUGGCGAGCUCUUCGGUGGGCGUGGCUGUCGGCGUUUCCCUCCUUAUACUUCUCCUAGUCUGUGGAAUUGGGUGUGUCUGGCACUGGAAGCGCCGGGAAUCCACAGCACUUACCUUACCGAAGUUUAUGCAAAGGAGAAGGAGCAGACAUAAGAACUUCACAAAAACCCUUGACUUGAACGCCCACAUGGUUUGCUCAAACUCUAAAACCUCAGGGGAAAGCAAAGGCCACAAGUCGACCACCAAGAAAAAUAGGACGCAUGGCGAGUACGAAAAUGUGCAAGUGGGUCCCGCCAGCACCGAGGCAUCAACCGAGGCAUCAACCGAGAAGGCGCUAUAUGAAAAUACGCAGCCAUCUAAUCCCGAGGAGCAUGUCUACGGGAAUCAAACAGACGCCCUCUAUUGUAAUUUCCAGAAACCUAGCCCUCUUCCUCCUCCCCAAGAUGACGACACAUACAUCCUUCCGGAUUCCUACUAGCUUUUCAAUGAACUGAGACUCGUUGCUGCAGGAAAUUAAAAAACAAAACAAACAAACAAAAAAAAAACACCAGGCCUCUGGGUGGACUGACGUCAUCAUGAUCGAAUUAUUCUGAUGAAAUCAGUGCUCUCUUUUCUGUCUCCAUCCUCAUAAAUCCUCACUAAGAGAACCACUGUUGACAAAUUCUAGAAACCACGUCUGCCUGGGAUUAAAUCUGUGCUAUAUUAUAUUAAUUCUUCUUUUUAAACAAUUGUUGGUACAGCUUUCUUUCAUUCCUUUGCCAACUUUGAGGCUCAGUAUUAUUGCCAUAGUCUCCUAGAAGUUCCUCCUUCUCUUGUUUUUCUGCAAUGAGGGGCUAACCCCAAGGUGUUCAACCAUCACAGAGCCACACCUCUGGCAAGGUCUUCUGAAUUAUCUCCAUCCAAUCAAUAGCCUAUGGUACAAAAGGUUGAUCUUCGGAAAACAUUAUAGAUGGUCAUAUCAUUUCUUUGCCAAAAAAUAACUUUAUGUCCUGUUUGCAAAAGGCAUAAAGCCCACACAUCCGAGUCCAGAAUUUAUGACUUUUUCAGCUACAAUGUUCUUUCUCAUACUUGAAGCCCCAAAGAAAUCCUAUGAGGAACUAAAAGUUUGGGUAAUUGGCAAAAAAUUGUAUCCUGCAUUUUGUUAAGUAGUUUUGAGAAAAAUUAAUAAAUUUAGUAAUGCCAAAUCUA